AUGAACUUAUAUUACCAUGACUUGGAGACAAUUGAGCGUCAUAUAUUCGUAAAGGGAUUUUAUAGUAAAUAUGUUACGUGGGAGUAUCAUGGGGAAGAUAUCACAGAAGUAAACGAAGACCGAGAGGACCUAGAAACAAAUAGUGAAGAAGACGAAAUAUCAUGUGAUAGUGAUAAUGAAGACGAUGACGAUAUGAUACCAGCAUUAGAAGAUUUAGCUAAUCAAUAUCAUCAUAAUAGUGAUUUUGUGAACCUUGGAGAUUCAAAUGAGCACAAUGAUGAAAGGAAUACAUUGCCUGACUUAUUUGCAGAAGCAAAAAAGGAGUUAUACUUUGGAUGUACAACGUUCUCAAUCUUAACAUUUAUUGUUAAUCUAAUGCACAUUAAAGUGAUGUGUGGUUGGAGUAACAAAUCAUUUGAUUUGUUGCUCGACUUACUUUCGAAAGCAUUUCCCAAAGACAAUAAAAUUCCACGAUCUUAUUAUGACGCUAAGAAAAUGUUGCGUGAUCUUGGUUUAGGGUACGAAACUAUUCAUGUAUGUGAGUAUGAUUGUGCUUUAUUUUGGAAAGAGAAUAAAAAUGCUGAAAGAUGUCCUAUAUGUGGUCAUGAACGAUACAAAUUCCAAGGAACUAAAGGCAAGAAGAUCCCACACAAAAAGAUGCAAUAUUUUCCUAUAACUCCACGACUACAGAGACUUUUUAUGUCACGCCAUGCAUCGUCUUAUAUGAGGUGGCAUAAGGAAGAACGUGUCGAUACAGAAGGUGUACUUAGACACCCGGAAAAUGCAGAGGUUUGGAAGGAUUUUGAUAGACAAUAUCCAUAUUUUGCAAAAGAAUCUAGAAAUGUAAGGCUUGGAUUUGCAAUAGAUGGGUUCAAUCCAUUCGGUGGUUUAUCAAACUCGUACAGUAUGUGGCCAGUGUUACAAAUGCCAUAUAACAUGCCACCAUGGAGAUGCAUGAAACGAGAAUUCUUAAUGAUGGCAUUAUUGAUUCCGGGACGUCGUGCUCCAGGAAAAGACAUAGAUGUCUAUUUACAACCUCUGAUCGAUGAGUUGAAAGAACUAUGGGAAAAUGGUGUACGUAAUUUUGAUAUUAUUGAUAAAGAAUAUUUUACAAUGCGUGCAGCAAUAUUGUGGACGAUCCAUGAUUUUCCAACAUAUGGUACUGUAUCUGGGUAUAGCACUCAAGGUUAUAAAGCUUGUCCUAUUUGUGAAGAUGACACGUCUUCAUUUCGAAUAAGAGGAAAAACAUGUUUCAUGGGUCAUCGUCGAUAUUUGUGUCCGAACCACCAAUGGCGCAAUGAUAUGGAGUAUGAUGGUACAAUUGAACAUCGUUCACCUCCAAAAAAUUUAACAGGAGAUGAAAUCUUAGAUAAAUUAAAGGGUGUAUGGAAAUGUAGGGCAGCUACACAUGAAAAAGAAGGGAACAAAUGGUUCAAACCAGUAGCAUGCUAUACAUUAUCAGCGAAGGAACAACAAGAAUUUUGUACGUUCAUAAAGUCUGUAAAAUUUCCUGAUGGAUAUGCUGCAAAUAUUUCUCGGAAUGAUAACAUGAAAGAUGGAAAGUUAUUUGGGUUGAAAAGUCAUGAUUGUCAUAUUUUAUUACAGAGGUUGUUACCUAUUGGUUUAAGGCCAUAUUUGAAAAAGAAAGUAAUGGAUGCUAUUGCUGAGCUGUCGUUAUUCUUCAAAAAGCUAUGUGCGAGGACAUUAUAUGUGAAAGACUUAGACGAAUUGGAAAAGGGCGUUGUACUCACGCUGUGUAAAUUAGAAAGUAUCUUUCCUCCUGCCUUCUUUGAUGUGAUGAUUCAUCUUAUGGUUCACUUGCCAUUAGAAGCUAAGUUAGGUGGUCCAGUACAAAUGCGAUGGAUGUAUUCAAUCGAAAGAGAACAUAGAUUAUUCUUACAAUCUCAAGGAAUUCUGGAUAUCAAUCAAGUGCAAAAAAAUGAAUUUUCAACAUGGUUUGAAAAUAAAAUAAAAAAAAUGAAUGAAACAAUAUCUGGUAAAGCACAGGAAGAUUUGUAUGCAAUUGCAAUGCAACCAAGUUUUUUGGCUUGUACAUAUGCUGGUUGUCUGGUUAAUGGAGUUCGAUACCAUACAAAAAGUCGAGAUGAAAGACUUUUAACUCAAAACUAUGGUGUUCACGUUGAAGCAGAAUAUGAUGGAAAUAUAUGUGAUUUUUAUGGUGUCAUCAAUGAAAUUUGGGAAGUACAUUACCUCUAUUUGAACAAAGUUAUAUUGUUCAAAUGCUCUUGGUACAAUACCAAUGGAAGUGAUAGAAUGUACUCUGAAUAUAACUUUACUAGUAUCAACAUCAACUCAGAAUGGUUUGAAGAUGAACCAUUUGUUCUUGCCAAUCAAGUAAGUUUGGUUUUUUAUUUAGACGACAUUAAAAAAAGUAAAGAUAAUAAAGAUUGGAAAGUGGUACAAAAAGUAAAUCAUCAUCACAUCUGGGAUAUACCAUCAAAGCCAAUGGAUGGUGAAGUUGAUGAUGAAGAUCCAACUAUCAACAGUUCUGAAGCAUAUCAAGAAGAAUCUUCGAAUGACAUUGGCGUGAAUUUUGAUUCAACGACAAAUGAUACUAAUCUUAUUCGGGAUGAUAUUGAAGAUAUAGAAUGUGAUAAUCAUCAAUUGUUCAAUGAACUUCAAAUAAAUCAUAAUGAUCAAGUUCAAAGUGAUAUAAACAGUGACGAUACCGAUGAAGAAGCUUUACUCGAUGAUUCUGAAGAUAUAACUUUGAGUGAUGAAAUUGAUUAA